CGGCCUCCAAGAUUCCUUCCCCUGGGCUGCCCGCGCCGCCAGAACCAUGCUGCGCUGGCUACGGGGCUUCGUGCUGCCCGUGGCGGCCUGCCAGGACGCGCAGCCGCACACGCGUUACGAGACCCUGUUCCAGCAGCUGGACCGCAACGGGGACGGAGUGGUGGACAUCCAUGAGCUGCACGAGGGCCUCAAGAGCCUGGGCAUUCCCCUGGGCCAGGACGCCGAGGAGAAAAUUUUUACUACUGGAGAUGUAAACAAAGAUGGGCAGCUGGAUUUUGAAGAAUUUAUGAAGUACCUUAAAGACCAUGAGAAAAAAAUGAAGUUGGCAUUUAAGAGUUUGGACAAAAAUAAUGAUGGGAAAAUUGAGGCUUCAGAAAUUGUCCAGGCUCUCCAGACACUGGGAUUAAAUAUUUCUGAAAAACAAGCAGAGUCAAUUCUUCAGAGCAUUGAUGCUGAUGGGACGAUGACUGUGGACUGGAAUGAAUGGAGGGACUACUUCUUAUUUAAUCCUGCUUCAGACAUUGAGGAAAUUAUCCGUUUCUGGAAACAUACUACUGGAAUUGACAUAGGGGAUAGUUUAACUAUUCCAGACGAAUUCACAGAGGAUGAAAAAGUAUCUGGACAGUGGUGGAGGCAGCUUCUGGCAGGAGGUAUCGCUGGUGCUGUGUCUCGAACGAGCACUGCCCCUUUGGAUCGUCUGAAAGUCAUGAUGCAGGUUCAUGGUUCAAAAUCAGACAAAAUGAAUUUAGUUGGUGGCUUUCGACAGAUGGUGAAAGAAGGAGGUAUCCGUUCCCUUUGGAGAGGAAAUGGUACAAAUGUCAUUAAAAUUGCUCCUGAGACAGCUGUUAAAUUCUGGGCAUACGAACAGUACAAAAAGUUGCUUACUGAGGAGGGACAAAAAGUAGGAACCUUCGAGAGAUUUAUUUCGGGUUCCAUGGCUGGAGCAACUGCACAGACUUUUAUUUAUCCCAUGGAGGUUAUAAAAACCAGGUUGGCUGUAGGCAAAACUGGACAAUACUCUGGAAUAUUUGAUUGUGCCAAGAAGAUUUUGAAACAUGAGGGCUUGGGAGCUUUUUACAAAGGUUAUAUUCCCAACUUAUUAGGCAUCAUACCUUAUGCAGGCAUAGAUCUUGCUGUGUAUGAGCUCUUGAAGUCCCACUGGCUAGAUAAUUUUGCGAAGGACACUGUAAACCCUGGAGUCAUGGUAUUGCUGGGAUGUGGUGCCUUAUCCAGCACCUGUGGUCAGCUGGCCAGCUACCCCCUGGCUUUGGUGAGAACGCGCAUGCAGGCUCAAGCCAUGUUGGAAGGAACCCCACAGCUGAACAUGGUUGGCCUCUUUCGACGAAUAAUUUCCAAAGAAGGAGUAAGAGGACUUUACAGAGGCAUCACCCCAAACUUCAUGAAGGUGCUCCCUGCUGUCGGCAUCAGUUAUGUGGUUUAUGAAAACAUGAAGCAAACUUUAGGAGUAGCGCAGAAAUGACAUGUUGAAUUUUUUGCUUUAGCAAGAUUUCUGAAAUUCUCACCAAUUUCUGGAGUUACUAUUUCUCCUAGAGCUGCAACAAGUCCAUGGCAAAAAAGCUGUAUUUUUUCAUAAAAGGGAAGAGCGUAUCAAUGAUCACUUCAAAUAUUUUGGCUUAUUUUUAUAUGCACGGGAUUAUUUGAAAUAAUAGUUUUGUAAAUUCAUACAGUUUUAGAGAACCACAUAAUUGUGUUUAUCUUUCAUAUUAGUCUUCCUGCAAAUAUCUGCCCUGAAUCCUAAAUCUGAAAAAUGUACUUGCUUGAACUAAAUUUGUUUGGUGUGGUAUAUUAUUAAUUUGUAUUUUGGUUGGUCCAAGUUUAUACCAAUUCCUUUAUACUU